CUAAAAUUUCCUAAUUUUCAACUGGAAAUGAAGCAAUGGUUUAUAUAAAUGUGUUUUUACAGAUGUUGAUGUCUACUAUGGAUAUUUUAAAUAUUCUUCUAUACUUGCAGAACACCCUGUAUAUUAAAGAACAGAGUAAACUACAGGAGAAAUAUAUUGAAGAAUGUCCUUGCCGGUUCCAAACACCUCAUUAUUUUCCUGCGUAAUCGCCCCUCCCCUACAUCACUAGGCUAGCUAUUAACCUCCACUACUAUCGUGAAAUCCUUGGAGUUCCUGGAGUCGUGUGGUUCCAUGUCUUGAAAUAUAUAGCUCUAAUUACAUGACUGUCGUAAAUAUCUUACUCACAAGCCAUGUGGAGAUCUUUUUCGAACCCUAUCCUUAAUCCUCUCAUUAACCUGGAUUCAAACCUGCGCCACUACUGGAAGAUGCUUCCAUUUGCUGUACCUCACCUUGGGCAGGAUCGAAUAAGGAUAAUUAAGCCAGCCAGGACCUUCCUUGUCCUCGCCGAAAUAAGGACGAGGUUGGGGUAUUAUCGAGUAGUCGUUAUCGCGGGGCAUUGUCAACCAACAGCGUGGCCUAUUUCAACGCAGCAGCGUCAGGGUUUAUUGUAGCUCCUUAUAGUCGGUAGGAGAAUUUCCGUCCCCUGUCUAAGUACCGUGGACUAUAUGUGUAUGUUUCAGUGGAACAAAGCACAAUAG